GUUCGGCUGCAAAUUCAGAAUGAAAAAGCGGAUUUUUUGCCUGAAAUUUGAGCGUUUUGCAUGAAAAGUCUCGCGCUCUCAGUCUCCACACGUCUUCGCUGUGACUGCAUGCGCGCUGUUUCAAACGUGACAUCACGUCACGGCAUACACGGCAGCCCCUGUGAUAACCUUGAGCCCGCGCCGCGCAGGACACAACAGGUUCGUUACGCACGCAAACUCUCUCAGAAUCCCGCAUCUCUGCGGCGUUUCCGGAGCUCUGUGCCCCUCUCGCGUUCAGCAUGUGCGCGUGUUUGUUUCCCCCUCCGUGACGAAGCGUGCACACACACACGUCAGCUCGGGGAGGGCAAAGUCUGCUUAAAAUGCUGCGAGUGUGACGGCGGAGUCCAGAGCACAGCGGCGCGCGGACGGACAGGUGAGCGCGGGGGCGGAGAAGGACACGCGGAGGCUCGGCGGAGGAUCAGAGAGCCCCGAGGAGCGCGCGGGGAUCAUGACGGUGGUGCCCGCGGAGAACCUGGACGAGACCGUGGCGCUGGCCGCGCUGUCGGCUCAGGACGCGUGCGAGCCGGAGCGCGCGGACAGCCAGGACUGCUGCGAACGCGUGGUCAUCAACAUCUCCGGGCUGCGCUUCGAGACGCAGCUGAAGACGCUCGCGCAGUUUCCCGCCACGCUGCUGGGAGACCCGCGGAAGAGGAUGCGCUUCUUCGACCCACUGAGGAACGAGUACUUCUUCGACCGGAACCGGCCCAGCUUCGACGCCAUCCUCUACUACUACCAGUCCGGGGGCCGGCUCCGGAGACCUGUCAACGUGCCGGUGGACAUCUUCUUGGAGGAGAUCAAGUUCUAUGAGCUUGGAGAGGAGGUGAUCGAGAAUUUUAAGGAUGACGAGGGCUUCAUUAAGGAGGAGGAGCGCCCGCUGCCCGAGAACGAGUUCCAGCGGCAGGUCUGGCUCCUGUUCGAGUACCCGGAGAGCUCUGGACCCGCCAGGGGCAUCGCCAUCGUCUCGGUCCUGGUCAUUCUCAUCUCCAUCGUGAUCUUCUGCAUGGAGACGUUACCGGAGUUCCGUGAGGAGGCCAGGACUUUUGACGAGCACCUGGCAGCGAACGGAACAGCGCGCGCAAAGAAACCGAACCCAUUCACGGACCCGUUCUUCAUCGUGGAGACGCUUUGCAUCAUCUGGUUUUCAUUCGAGCUGCUGGUCAGGUUCCUCGCGUGCCCCAGCAAGGCCGCCUUCUUCAAGAACAUCAUGAACACCAUCGACAUUGUGGCUAUCAUGCCGUACUUCAUCACGCUGGGACUGGAGCUCGCGGAGCACCAGGGGAACGGCCAGCAGGCCAUGUCUCUGGCCAUCCUCAGGGUCAUCCGCCUGGUCCGGGUCUUCCGCAUCUUCAAACUGUCCCGACACUCCAAAGGACUGCAGAUUCUCGGGAAGACGCUGCAGGCCAGUAUGCGCGAGCUCGGACUGCUUAUCUUCUUCCUCUUCAUCGGAGUCAUUCUCUUCUCCAGCGCCGUGUACUUCGCGGAGACCGACGACCCGCACUCGGGCUUCAGCAGCAUCCCGGACGCAUUCUGGUGGGCUGUGGUCUCCAUGACGACGGUGGGCUACGGGGACAUGUGCCCGGUCACCAUUGGGGGGAAGAUCGUGGGCUCUUUGUGCGCUAUCGCCGGCGUGCUGACCAUCGCGCUGCCGGUGCCCGUCAUCGUGUCCAACUUCAACUACUUCUACCACCGGGAGACGGAGCACGAGGAGCAGUUCCAGUACACGCACGUGACCUGCGGACAGCAACAGCCGGCUUUCGGAGAGUUCAGAAAGAGCGACAGCAGGUCGAGCCUGUCCAAGUCCGAGUUCCUGGGCAGCGAGGACGCGGACUCCAUCAAGUACACCAACUGCAGCCCGCACAAAGCCCACAGCGGCAAACUCACCGACGUCUGAGCCGCAGCAGCACGCGCUCUGCUGUGACUGCACACCGGAGAGAUCCUUUUUUCUGCCAUCCAAGACCCACGGAGAGGACCCACGUUUACCCCCGAAACCGUCUUCCAUCACGCGCGUCACGAGCGGACAAACAGAAGCUUAGAAGUGAUGAAAGAGCCAGCGGCAGCACUUUAUCCAGACAUAUGAUUAUUAACGUUUCUGUAGUGGAGCUGGUCACACACACACACACACACACACACACACACACACACACACCUGUUAAAGCUCAGGGUGGAUCAGAUGAUGCUUGUUGGAAAAUUCGGUUAAUCUAAAUUUAAAGUCCAACCCUGACGCCAUGUUUGAUAAGAAUGUUUGUUAUUACUAAAACAAACAAACAACAACAAACAGAAACAAACAAUCAGGCUUCUGUGGGGAAAACUCCGAGCACGUGCUCCUUGUUAUUGCCACGCAGACUGUGUGAGCGUUAUGAAAUCAGCCUCAGUUUCUCCAAUCCAACAGCGCCGCUGUGCGGACGAGCCGAGGCCCUGCGUGUCUCUCUGUGGAUGCAGUUUCUAUAGCAACCUUCCAGACUUUUCUGUAUUGUCUGCCACAGGAAUGAAAGCACGCGGGCUGAGACCGCAUAGGCCACAAAACCACCAUGUUGUGGAAAAGCCUCCAUGUUGUCUGAAUCCACCGCUGAACAUCACCUGCACCCCACAGAGUCAUGGUUCACCUGCCAUCAGCACACACAUACACACACACACACACACACACACACACACAGUGAUUCCAUUAUUUUAGGCUUUAAAAUGCUCACAAACCCCUCCAGCUUCACAUGAAGACAUUAAACUCUAUAUUUUAGUUUUUUUUUUUUAAAAUGUAAGAAUCUGAGAAGAGCCUCAAAUCCUCGCCUUCAGCAGCUUAUUAGAAUAAUAUUAAUAAUAUUUUUGAUGUUUUAGAGCUCAACCAAUACUGAUAAAUAUAUAUAAUAUACAUAAAACUAUUUAAGGAACAGUGACAGUAUAUCUGCGAACAAUAUUUUUGUGCUCUGAACAGCAUAAGAAAAAACACUUUACAUUUGAAGCAAACAAUGAAAUACAGAGUGGGAUUAUUGUAUGGCAGCACCGUGAGGCCAAAAUUCUUUUAGUUUCAAAUCUAAUUUACAUUUCAGUUUUUCAUAAGUUGCUUGUAACAUAAAAAUCUUAAACUGUGAAACCAUCAGAAUUAUUUUAAAACAUGACAAAUUAAAUCGACACACAAAGAAAACUAAAUUUAAUCGAGUGAAAUUCUCAUAAAUAUAAAACUCAAAGUCAGACAACAAACAAAAAUUUAAAAGUCAAAUAUUUGAGUUGAAGUUUUACUCACUUUUGAUCACUUGAUCAACUGUUAUUACAUAUUAGCUGCAUAUGGCAGCACAAAAAGGACGAAAUUAAUGUCAAAUUUCACAUCACGACUCAGUGUUCAGAUGAUAAGGUUGAAAUGUUUGGCAAACUCUGAUUUUAUGUGAUUUCUGUUCCCCACUUUAAUUAUAAAUUAAAAAUAUUUUCAAAAGGAAAUUUUUUCAAGCAUUUUCAAAUUAAUAUAAAAGACAAAACAUAUAAAAGUUGCUUAAUUUCAACACAUAAAAUUAAAGUCGAAUGAAAACAAAAAAUUAACUUGCAUAAAUGUAAAACAGCGAUUAAUACAUUUUAUUACAUUUUAGCACUUUAAUGGAAAUAAUGUGACCCCAGAAAAACUGCAGCACAAAGACUCACAAUUUCAUGGCUAUUUCUUAAAAUUUAUUGGAAAAUUAUGAAAAGUCGUGUUUCCAGUAAGGAAACUAAAAUUAAAGAGGGAAUUUAAACCACAUACACUCAGAAGCUUUUCAAAAUAAAAUAUUUAGAUGCAGCAAGAUUGUAACGCCAGCUUCACAUAUGCAAUUUAAAUUAUUUUGGCACCUUUUUUCUUCCAUACCCUGUGAUAACGCGGUAUUGGGCUGAUAGCUAAUAUUCUUACUGAGCAGACGUGUCACAGGUAAUGAUUAAAGUCCGUGUUGGAGCCUGUGGGGUCCCAGUCGGAAAUGAAGGACUGUCUGGAUGUAAAAACAGCUCACCUGUACUCACCUGGACUCCAGGAUGAACCAUAAAAUGGACCUGGAAACAAAAAAGGAGUUUUUAAAUGACCUGAUGGAAUAAAAACAAAACAAAAAGGAAAAAAACAAAAACUAUCCCAGGAGAUGUUUUCACUGUGAACGUCUAAUGGAUUAUUAUCUGAGUGAAGGAUGUUUAGAUGGAUUCAUUGACAGAUGGAUGAUGAGACUCCAAACAGAGAAUAACUGACGAAGAAAACGAAGGGAUCCAGGAUUGAACCCUGUGGGAUGCCACAUGCUUGGGGAAGAACGAUGAGCCUCGUCCAGCCAACAGAGUCCGACAACUGCUGCCAUCACCGCUCUUCUCCUUCCUCUGAUGAACGUGAAAUAAAACAAAUUGUGGAUGAGACGCCCUCCCAUCACAGGAGGACGACCUGAUUUUUUUUUUGCACAGAGCAAAGCUAAUGACUCUGAGGUACAAGGCAAAUGUUACUUGAAUCCUGCUUCAUAUAUUUGCAUCGUGUCUGCUGGCUGAUGGAGGCCUCCAUAUAAUCACGAGUAGAUGCUCUGUGGGGGAAUGCUCCUCCUGCUGUAGAGAAAAAGACCAUGUACGUCCUGUCUGUGCGUUGCAUAUCAUAUUCAAACCAAAACAUAUUAUUGCAUGCUUGGAAAGUAGAGCAUGUGAAGAGAAGAGAACACGUCCGACUGAACCCAGCACUCUGACAAACGGGAACAACAACAUCAGCCGCUCAUUGAUAUUCUGAAAUGAUUCUGUUCCAAUGAUGAACUUAGUUGCUAAAUCUCUAUUUUUUAAAGUAUCAUACUGUAUAUGUUUUAUAUGGAGAGGAUUUGGUUCACUUGGUGAAUUAUUUUGUAGAUUUUUAACAUUUUUGCUAAUGUGUUUGGAUUUUCUUUUGUUCGUUUUUUGCCUUGGUACAAACAAAGCAGCUCUAGCUCCGGCGGGCAGCUCCGGUGAAGACGUCUGCCCCCUUUGAGAGGAAUGUUUGUGCAGGAAACGAGGGUUCCAAAAAGAGAACGCUUAAUGCAUUUAUCGCUGAAUGUUUCUGUGUGUGGGUUCCUGAUCAGAAUGCUGUAUAUCUGUUAUACCGAGAACAUCUACCUCAGUGUCUGCUCAUUACCAACAGAAGCUUUAACACCCGUGUCCCUGCAUUAGCUCUCAUUAGGCAUCUAAUUACUUGGUGCAACUAAACCCAAACGCUCUCCAAACUGCCAUUUAAAAUCUUGGAGGGAAAAAAAGCAACACAUUAAAUAUUGUGAAAUAUUGAAUAUCUGUAUGAAGCCGAUCCUGACCUUGGAUUUAAAUAUCAGAAUUAUGCAGUCUGCGUAAAACAGCUUAGAGCCUUGUUUUUGCACAUUUUGUUAAUUUAUUUGUGAAGUUGGAUGUGCUCGUGAGCAAAUGUGACUGUUUCUGGAUUCAUUGUGUAUUUAAAGGGCAAUAAAUGAACUGCAGGGUGGAACCAGUCUGGAACCAGAAAGGAGUCCAGUCCAGCAGGUUUUAUGGGUACAGACCUGAGGCUGCAGGGUUUAAACUGGACUCUAGUUUUCCUCAGAAUCAGAUGCGAACAUCAGCGUCUCAGUUUCGGGUAAAAACAGCAGAGAAAUGAAUCUCAGUUUCCGUCUGAAGCUGUUUUUAGUGGCUGUUGAGCUCAUGUGCUUCAGGGCUGCUGAUGUCUUCUUUGCUUAAUCAAAGGAAUUCCAAAGAAGCCGCUCAGCUGAAGGAACGCCAUGUUCAGAUGUCGUCUCUGAGCCACUGAGUGAGCCAGACUGUGACUUUCUUAACUGCCUAUAUGCGAAUUUAUGCAUAUUGUUCCAUGACGAUGAUCUAUUCUGCUCAUUUCCAGCUCUUUGUUUUUAUCAUAUGACUCCCCUGCAGCAGCUUUACAUGAUCCACAGUUCAGAAUAAUCCUUCUGUGUCUCACACUGGGCCACACGAUUCAUCCUAUCUGGAACAAGCUGAUUUAGCCCAUCUCUUUAAGGCUUCCUCCCUAAUUGCUCACUUCUGAUUGGCCAAACUGAGGGGCAGCACGUGUGCUCUUUGAAGUUUUUUGGUGUUUUUUUUGCACAAAUCAUUAAAUUUAUUCAUGUUUAUGGUGGUCCAGAUGUCCAUGUUCUGUCUUGUAUCUGUGAAUAGGUUCUCCUUAAAUCAUUUUGAUUGGACUGUUUGCACCGCCAUCUCUUUCCGGUGUUACAGCUGCUUCAUCGUAUGAAGCAAAAAUCCUCCACUCAGUGCUCAUCACUGGAGAAGGAGCAGCUGUAAAGGCUGAAGUUUUUGAAGUGUGUGUCUACUCUGUGGGGUUGUCAGGUACCAGCUCUGACUCCACAGGUGUGUCACAGCUGAUCAUUCACAGCUCAGCUUUCUGACUUUGGCUCAUUUCUCUCUGUUUUUCUGGCUCUGCGGAAGAUGUGAGGUCACAAUGUUUCCUGACAUGCUGGACUUUUGCUGGUUAUGCGGCUGCGUCCACUCUGCAGUUUUGUCUCAUUGUAAUUCUGCUUUGCUUAACAUAAAAACAGCCGAGGGAGGUUUGUGUGUGACGGAGGCACUGAUGAGCAGUGACUGGGCAUUAGUUCUGAUGAUUAAUGUGUUCUGCAUACUCUACGUGCAAUAAUAAUAGGGCGAAUGCAGCCAUGACUGAAGAGCAGUCAGUCUGGUCCAAGCGCCACAUGUUUAACCAUCAUUGAGAUUCACCACAUCGUCCGUUGUGUUCAUGCUUCAUCUUCAGGUUUCAGUUCAGGCUCGUCACCGAAGCUUUUGUCAUGCAACAAGGAAAAAAAGCAAUAGUGAUUUCUGUGUUCUGGGAACUUCAGCGUGGAAGUGUUCUGAUUUCUGUUUCUCUGCUUUUGUUUCUUUCCACGCAUCGAUGCCAUUUCUUUUUUUGACAAACUUUAAUUGUGAUCUAUUUUUGAUAAAAAUAAAUCUUUAAUUCUGCUCGAUCUCCAUGCGUUUCCCAUGAAUGCACAUGCAGAUGUGUCACUUUCUGCUGAGUGUGAGUGUGUUUGUGUGCCAUCAACAUCAGCAGAGGCGCUGGGGUUGGAUUUAAGGUUUGUUUAGGUCAUUGUUUGAUUUGCCUUCCUCAUGCUGUGGCUCCUCAUGGUCUCCUGAAGCAGCUGAUGAUGGAAGCAUCAGUGAAAGGAAAUAAAAAUUCUAGAAGGAAACAUAUUUGUAAAAACUGAAAACCUGAUAGAGUCUCUUCUCAUUCUUAUCUUCUACAGAAGUUCAGAGAAAACCACUCAGUGUUCCUGUUGUAAAGCAUGAUAACUAAAAUCUUAAGAUCAUUUUAUGGACUUUAUUUUUAAUUAAUUGCACCAUCUUCUUCACAUGAACCUGCAACACCAAAUGCAUUAAAACAAGGAACCGGCACUAAUUUAAAUAUUUUAGCAAAUGUGGGAUUUGUUGAAUUGCUGUGGGAAGUCUUUCAGUCAGUUAAAAAGAUGGUUAAAGUUGAUUUAAGUUUCAUCCAACCUGCAAUAUUUCUGUUAAUGUAGCAUAGACAUAUAAGGUAUACAUGGGUAUUUGCCAUGCUCAUACAUAUCAUACCCCAGUAAAGAUGCCUCCUGCAACUUUGUGUCAAUUAAAAUAACUCAUGUUCACAUCUGUUCUGCUGAAGGUUGCAGGUCCGCAGCAAAAACUAUCAUUAAAUAACGAUCAGCUGGACCUUUUUCAUUGAUGUCGAGUCAAACUGAAAGUUGCGCUGCUGCUGGAGGUGUACAUUUUGGACUGGACUUCCAGUUAGACAUCCCAGUAAGAGAAAUUUUGUGUUUUGUUUCACUGAUGAGAGCAAAUUGAAAGUAUCAAGAACAGCUGGCACGUUGUGUUCAGUGAGAAAGUCCGGCGUUCAGACCCACUGGCUGUGUGGAGAACUCUCUGGUUCCUUCAAAGACAUGCGUGGGUUAGAUAUGUGGAGUAGCCAGAACCAUUUAACCAAAUUAUUUAAUUUUGGAUUAAAGAAGAUUUACGUUUUUUUUUUUUAUUUGAUUGCAAUAAUCUGAUCCAUAUUUGUUGAUUUGUCUGAACCUGCAUCAUCUCGUCUGUCUGCGGUUCAGUUUUUGGUGUCCCACUCUGUCCGGUCUCACAUGACUCUAGAGCCUCAGUCGUGUUUGCUGGGUACCUCACACUUCCUGUUUCCUUCAGUCUCCACAGCAGAGGUCAGAGCUGCAGAGUUAGGCCUCGGUCACAGAACAGUCACAUUAAUGGGAAAUUCAGCAGGUUGAAGUUGGUCUUUAGAGUGAGAGUGCACUUCUUACACUUAACAUCCACCCCGGCUGGCUGGUUCAGCGCAUUCUUUAUUCACUCAACAUAAACAGCUUCCUCUGAUCCAGCUGCAUUCAGUUUAGUCUUUAAAAAUAUUUAAGGCAAAACUUUGCUUUGAGUUAAGAAAUCUUGUCAUCUUCUUCACUCUUCCCAACAAUCGUUCGUCAAAUCAGCUCCGAACAUGUCCUGCGUAUCGUUCGAGGACUCCAGUAAAAGCUGUAUCCUUUUAAAAUAGUUCAGAUCAUCGCUGCCAGCCUGAGCUAGUCAUGAUUUACAUGUAGGACCCUUUCUUAUCCAGAGCCCUCCACCCUCAUCAUAUCACCUCAUUUAAAGUAUCCUGGAAGGAGACAUCAGUGCUGGAAGGGCAUGUGCCACUUCUGAAACCAAACCACAGCCUUUACCUUUAUUUUUUAAACACAGCUGUUAUAAAUCAUGAACGUGCGACCAGUGCAGAGCUGGUGGAAACAUUAGACGGUGCUGUGAAAAGCACCACAAGCAGGAAAACCAGCAGAAACAUGCAGUUAUUCAUUACUGAGCAAUAAUGCAUGAAAAGCACGACAUCAUCAGCGGGCUGUUCAUAUCUGUGCAUAAAAAUGUUCACAGUGCCUUAAAUCGUUUUCGUUAAAAACCCUGUCAAGUGCAUCUGAGGUACCACAGAAAAAGAAAGUGUGUGUUUAUCAGAGAUGGUGGAGGAUGUUGAAAUAAUGUAAUGUACAGUAAUGUAUUGAAUGUACAGUAAGCAGUCUUCCUGGUUCAAAGUGAUGAAGAAGAGAGAAUAAUAUUGUGCAGAAGCUCAGAGAGCUUCUGCUGUGCUGUGCUCUCAUGUUUUAGGUGAUUUUUACUAUUUUUGCACAUCUGUCUUAAAAACAUGUUUUAGAGUACACAGUGUAAUUUAGAGGAAAUAUAAAGUCUUAGUAAAGUAUUCUUUGCAUUAAAGGCAGGCUAAUGUGAGCGUAUUUUAACACCGUUACAGCCUCCCCUCCCUGAGCUUCUGCAGUGCUGCUUCUCGUUGUAUGAUACAGAUGUUUUCCUGUUCCCGUGAUAGUGAUGCCAUUCACAUGUGUGUUCAGUUUGCUGCAUUACUUUGUCAAAAAUCCAGUGGUAUUACAAAGUAAUGCCUUCACUGGUAUUGCUGUCUGUCUCAGCCUGUUUGUUAAGUUAUGACCAAAGUUAUUCCAUCAUCUUAAAUGACUGCAGUUCCACUGUUAGCACUAUCGUUAGCAUUAGAAUAAAACAAAUAUCUAUGCUUUUCAAAGUAAAAUGAAAUGCGAAGACACACAAAAAGUAAAUGUUAAUGAAGUGAGGCUGAAAAAAGCCUGGUUUUAUUCUUAGCUUUAGAUUAGAGAAUCUCAGCACAUUUGAUUACACAGCACACUGCAGCCACAGCCUUUAAAGAACCACACAUGGUUAUUCCACCUCAGUUCAUCAAACUUAACACAAACCUUUGUUUAAAGAAAUACUCUUUUUAAGAAGCUUUGACGUUUUUCUACCAUCACUUUUGAACUUAGUGAUGUAGAAGCUGGUGGAGCUCAUGAUGACGAUGAUAAAGGAAAGGAAAUGAUGUAUGAUCUGAUAAAGGUUUGAGGUUUGAUCUCUAAAAGAAUUGUCCGAGGCAGUCCAAAUAUAUAAUAACUAAAAUAUUCUGUGAAUUAAAUCCAAUGAAGUUUAAUAGAAUGAAGUUUAUGUUUAUGUGUCCUGAAAUUCAGGAUGUUACUUUGAAAUAUUAUUUAUGAAUUCUGUUAUUAAUUCCAGUAAGAUGUGUUUCAUUGGAAUCUGAGAUGGUCAGAUUUUGUAUUUUUAUUCUUCGUGUUUUAAAUAUGAUAAGCUAACGUGGAAUGACUGCGACACUUAAUCCAAAUCACACUCACUAGGUUCUGCUGUUUAAGGCUGUGACAUCAUUAGUUACAUAUCAGUAAUAAAGAUUAGACAGUGUCAGCAGUGUGGAUUUAAUGCUUUUAUUUAUUUUUAAUUUUUUUUUUCCACAAAACUGUGAGACUUAGAAAAAAAAAGGAGAUCCCAGCUGUGCAGCACCUGCAGUGUGUCCGUGUGCUCGGUCGUGUUUUCGCUCACUGAGCUGUGUGUUUGUGUUGAGCUGUUUUCCUGCUUCUGUCCUGCUGAUACAACAGGAAAAAAUACUCGUCUGCAAAACCUCAACUUGUGUCCUGAGUGUAAAAAAAAAUCUCAAAUAACAGAUUUUAUUUUUGGUAACUUGAGUAUUUGUGUGUGUGUGGGUGUGUGUCACUGUAUGAAAGUCCAACAACAGAAAAAAAGAGAUAUGUAAUAUAUGUCUGGCUUGAGAUCGUACAUACUGUAUAUGCACAACAGAGUCAUUCUGAAUACUAGUUGUGACUAAGUUUAAUGUGGCCUUUUCUUUCUCUGUAUGUAUUGCAAUGUUGUAAAUGAUUUGUAUAUUAUAACAUAAUGUUUAUUAAAGUUAAUGAGGCUUUAUGUUUUUACCACCUAUGUUUAAUAAAUAAAUGAACUGUGCUGAACUGCA